GCCACGGCGCCGGAGCGUGAUGCUGGUUGCUAGGCGACGACACCCAACCCGCACGCCCUUCCUCCUGCCCACUGCAGACGCUCGGGCGCUUGCGGAAUCCCAGCGGAGCAGGAGCGAAGUGGGGCAGCCACCGAAACUCCCGGUCCCUUCGCGCCCUCUGUGCCGGGCAGCCCCGGUGGCGGCGAGUGGAAGCUAGAAAGAAGGUGCGAGAGCGCCGUGGAGCCGCCUGCAGGCAGGGCACCUCCCGGGAAGAUGGGGUACCACGGGAAAUGCAUAGAGACUGUGAUCGAGCAGCUGGACCGGUUUAAGCCUGAGAAGGACAGUGCAGAGCAGCUCCUGGAGGCCACGGCCGCCGCCCUGCAGAGCCUGAGCCUCCGGAAGCAGGCGUUCGUCCUGGAGGUGCUGUCCGGCUGCCUGGAGUACCGGCAGCUGCUGGCGGUCGUGGUGGACGCCUUCUACGCGCAGGAGGGCCGGCUCUGCCUGUGGGCCGACUACAACCGCUUCCUGGGUAAGCGCCCAGCCUGCUCACCCCCAGAGGGUGACACAGUGCCCUCUGGGGACCCUCGCCGCCCAGCGGGGGGGAGUCCCAAUGGCACCGAGGCCCUGCGUCCCUCGGGACUGACCAGCGGAGACCCCAAGCGAGCGCUCGUCCCUGAGCGAGCGUGGUUCCUCAGGUUCUUCUUCAACCCCUUGAACCUGAGCUCGUGGGUGCAGGACGAGUGGAGCCUCGUCUACGAGAAGCAGCUAGUGGAGACCUGGACGGCCCCCCUGCUGAGAUGGCAGCCGGACGUCCAGGGGCUCAUCAACCAGCUGGAGGGGCCGAUGGCCAUUCAUCCCCCUCCUUCAAAGGCCAAGGUCACCAAGCCCAAGAAGUUCAACCUGACUGUCCCCAAGCCCCGAGCCAUUCCAAUGCCUGAGCCUGUCCCUGUCGUGGCCAAGCCAAGACCAGUCCCCAGGAGCACCUACCAGUCACCCAGGGAGCCGCAGGUGCUGGAAAUGACCAAGAGUUACAAUCGCCGAAAGGCGGAGGAGCUGCUGCUGAAGGCGAACCUGGAUGAGAUGCGCUGUGCGAUGCCCUGGGCCCGCAGGGAGCCCCCCAUGGUCGCUGCCUCCCCGGCCCCUUCCGGGAGCCCCUCCCCUGACCCACCAGCCGCAGCCCCUGUUCUUGCCCCAGAAGCGGGGCUGUGGGUGGGAGUGUGGGUGAGAGACAGACAGGUGGACAGAGGGAUGGUGCCGGACAGACAGGUGAGUAGAGAGGAGAUGGAGGGGGGUGGGAAGAUGUGGGUGGAGGGUGGUGUCCAGGUGGCGGGGCUGCUGGGUGCAGAGCAGCCCACGCUGCGAGGGCCGGUGUCCACGGGAACCCGCGGCCGCCCUGUGGCCGGCGCGGGCCCCAGCUGCGAGGACCCUGAGCCGCCUCUCCUGGGCAGGGUGGACAGGCUCAUGGACGGGGCCGGGGACUUCUCCGAGUUCCUCGAGUGGCAGCAGAAGAUGCAGGCGAAGGACCUGGAGGAGCAGCGGGCGGCGGGCGCGUGCCGGCGGCUGCGGGGGCAGCUCAGCCGCGAGGAGGCCGCGCUGGCCCGGCAGCAGCUGCUGCAGCAGAACCAGCGCAGGGCGGCCCAGAAGAAGGAGGAGAUGGCGGAGCUGAUGCAGCGCUGCGCGCAGAGGCGCCUGCAGGAGGAGCGGUCUGCGAAGGAGCGGGUGGAGCAGGUGAUGGAGGAGCAGAAGAACAUCAAGGCCGCGCAGAUGAAGCUCCUGCGGGACCGGCGCCAGGCAGCCCAGGAGGUGACUGCGGAUCUGCGGGCCAUGGAGACACAACCCACGCGCAGGGGCAAACUCGUGGACCUGACCCAGGUGGGUGCGCAGCCCCGGGGGCUCCCGUGUCUCCCUGUGCCUGGCAUUGCCGUGGAGGGCGUGCCCACGAUGCCCACCUCCACCCAAGCCGAGCUCCACUCGUGCCCACCGCGCCGGAGGCCUGGGGCUGGAAAAGAGGGCACAGUCCUGUCGGGGGCACCUUGGUGA